CCUCGUGGGGCGCGCCUUAUAAGUUUACUCGUGGCGUUUCGCUAUAUUCUUCGAGUCUUUAACUACAACCAGAAAUAUAUUUAAAUUCUUCGUGUUUACAGUCCAUAUGUUCAAAUACUUUAUUAAUUUCAAGACUUCUCUAAUCUGUUUCCGUUUUGAGAUAUAGCAAAGCUUCAGUUUUCUUGUUUCCCAUAAACUCACUUAUUUGUUCAAAAAAAAUGUACGAGGUCCAGCCACGGCAAGAAGAUAUUGCUCUCGUUAUCGCAUGCCACGACGGUAAUUUUGAAGAAGUCAAAAGAUUGGUAGAGGAUGAAGAUGCAGAUAUAUGUUACCAGGAUUUCAAAACUGGAAUGAGCGUCUUAAUGGUUGCGGCAGGAGCUGGACACACAUAUAUUGUAAACUAUUUAUUAUCAGAAGGUGCCCCCUGGAAUGCAGUUGAUCGAAGCUAUUUAUGCGCCGGGGAUUAUGCCGCUAGAAAUAAACAGCAAGAUUGUAUUGAUAUCCUGAUGAAUCAUGCAGUUAUGUCUGAGUUACUUUUGUGUAUGGCAGUAAACAAGUCAGAUGCAGGAGAGUCUUUGGAAAAUGUUGAUUCUAUGAAUCUUACUACUACUACUGUAAACACACGUGCAAAUAAUUCUUCGGAAGCUCUUAACGCUUCUUACCUUACUAGCCGAUUGGAGUAUUCUAAUGACAGAAAAUGUCUCAUUGACACCAAUACUCAUCUUGCUGUAAUGAUGGAUUGGGAAACUCCAAUAAUGGAGAAGCAUGCAGCAUGGGUUUGUCAUGCAGACGAAAUAGACAGUACUAUCAGUUCACCUAUUCGAGUUUUAAACAUUGGAUUUGGUUUGGGGAUUGUUGACACGGCUAUACAAAAGUAUUCACCUGACUCACAUUAUAUAAUAGAAGCUCAUCCGGAGGUGUUGGAGAAAAUGAAGUCCGAAGAAUGGUUUGCUAAGCCAGGCGUCAGGAUAAUCCCAAGUAAAUGGCAAGAUGCGGUCGUCUCACUAGCCAAAGAAAUUGAUGACGGUGCAAUUCCAAGGUUUAGUGGAAUAUUUUUUGACACAUAUGCAGAGGAUGAUAAUGAUCUGAGAGAAUUCCAUACGUGGUUACCCAAACUUCUUUCUAUCCCUAAUCAAGAAAGUGUGGGGGGUCUAUCUUUCUCAGGAAGGUAUUCUUAUUAUAACGGUUUGUGUCCCGACAAUGUAUUUUUUCACGGAGUCGCAUGCGAAACUAUGAGGUUGCAUUUAAAAAGGUUGGGAAUAAGUUGUAUAUUUGACCCAGUUGCUGUUGAUGUUGCAGACCAAGAGCUAUGGAAGGAUGUUUCUCAAAGAUAUUGGUAUUUUGAUACAUAUUUCUUGCCAAAGUGUACUUUUGAUCAUGAUGAAAAGAACUAAUAAAGUUUAUUCCGUCAAAAAA